UAAUCCCGUAAUUGCUGUCCACAUGUUGCUGAUAUUGUUAACAUGUAUUCUGAGCAGCUUAUUUGUCGCCACCGACGGGCAAGAGCUCGAAAUCACAAUUCCAGAAAGCGGAACCAUACGUGGGGUUGAAGAGAUUCUGACCACCGGCGAAGUGGUUAGAAAAUACCUUGGCAUUCCGUAUGCUCAAGCAGAACGUUUUGAGAAACCURCUAGCCCAGAACCAUGGGAUGGAGUAAAGGACUGUGGUUCAUUUGGCCCUAUUUGCUACGAAUAUAAAGAAAAUCCUUCUGAAGCAGAUUUUGAUGAUUUUGACGAGGAUUGCUUGAACCUCAACGUCUACGUUCGCAGUGGUGGAACUGAAGCCUUGAAACCUGUGAUGGUAUGGAUCCAUGGUGGCGGAUACUCUGCAGGCAGUAACCGAGAGGUAGACGGCAGUUAUCUUGCAGGCUUAGGGAACGUGAUCGUUGUUUCAAUCAAUUAUCGUCUGACAGUGUUUGGAUUCAUUCAUGACAGAGAGAGUGGUUUCAAUGGAAAUUAUGGUCUUUUUGACCAGUUGGAAGCUCUAAAGUGGGUCAAUAGAAACAUCCAAUUAUUCGGAGGUGACCCAAGUCGUGUAACCAUAUUUGGUAACUCCGCUGGGGGUAUGAGCGUAUCGCUCCUUAGUCUUUCUCCAUUGGCCGAGGGCUUGUUCAAAUACGCCAUUAUGCAAUCCGGAUCGUCUCUUAGUCAACUUGCAUUUUCUUCAAGUUAUCAAGAUGGCUUAUUGGGUAGGCAGAUGACGCGAUUCAAUUGCACCGGCUACAACAGUACAAAGUCCUGUCUGAAAUUCAUCAACGCCGUUAAUUUAACCAACUUUUUACUGCCAGUUCCAUUCUACCCAGUGGUAGAUGGAGAAAUCAUUACAGAUGUCCCCUGGACAUUACUUAAGAGUGGAAACUUCACGCAAGAAAGCACUCUAAUGGGCGUGGCACUAAAUGAUGGCUCGUGUAUAACCAAUGCUAUACCGGAACGAGCGAACGGCACGAUUGACGUAGUCAAUACCAACAUGACACGAGAGUUCUUUCGACAAUCAGUUAAUGAGAUGUUUAAGGUGUUCUACAGAUACGCUUGGGAGCGUUCUUUCAAGGAUUUCUUCGGCCCUGCAAUAUUUCAAGAAUACAUGUACACAUCGAAGGGAAAUAUGACUGAUGAACAGCGRAUAAGAAAAAAUUUACUUAACGCGUUGACGGACGGUAUAUUUGCUGCCCCGGCAAUUGCGGAAGCCAAUCAUUAUGCUGAGAAAAACGAAACGAUUUUCUUCUACCAAGUUGAAUAUGGCUUGGACAUCCCGGAUUCCUUUAUCCGUCCACCUUAUUUGUCGAACGGUUAUCAUGAAACAGAGAAAUUCAUGGCAUUUGGAUUUCCUUUGAAAGACGAGGAGCGAGGUUUGCUAACAAGAGACAGCCGCCUAUCCCUCAAAGUCAUAACCAUGUGGUCAAACUUUGCUAAAACCGGAAAUCCCAACACCCCUCUCCCACUGGACAAAGUCUGGCCUGAGUACAAACUAGACACACAGAAAUAUAUGUCAAUCAAGCCCCACAUCAAGGUCAAGGACAAAUUGCGUCCCAGGCAAAUGGCAUUUUGGAAUGAAUAUCUCGAUCCCUCAUUUGACAGGAUCGUUAACUUAAUAAACAAUAUGGUUAGGCUGGGUAGGUUGAGCUGCGAAAUACGAUUUAAAGACACCACGACAAUGGAGGGUACGGAUUCCAUAAAGGAGUCUAUGUUUUCACGGUAACAAGGCCUAAAUAAGCCGGUUUUACACUAGAUUUGAGAUGACUGCGAAACGGCACGGACACGUUCACGGUACCUCGCCUGGUAUUGGCUCAAUAUAGACAACACUAAAUUAAGAACAUAUCACAAUUUCARUGCAACACAGUUAGGUGACAUAAGGUGAGGUGAUGCACUCUUUUAACACUCCUCUACCUUAAARCCCAUAAUAAAUAUUGCAUCUCUWUCAAUUCAAGAUGUAAAAUUCGAAGUUAAGGGAUUAAUAAAACAAUAUAAUGAACA